AUGAUGCGAACUCGAGUCCUUAGCGUUCUCGGCCGCCGAACCAAAGCCACUCUCCCCGAGCUUCCAUACGAAUACCAUGCUCUUGAGCCCUACAUCUCCGCUGACAUCAUGGAGCUCCAUCACUCCAAGCACCACGCUACCUACGUCAACAACUUGAACGUCGCCAACGAAGCUCUCCAAGAAGCAUCUUCCAAGGGCGAUGUCACCAAGUGCGUUCAGCUCGCCAAUGCGAUCAAGUUCAAUGGUGGCGGCCAUGUCAACCACACUAUCUUCUGGCAGAACAUGUCUCCCAACGGUGGUGGCGAGCCAGAAGGGCCCCUUGCUGAGGCCAUCCAGCGGGACUUCGGUUCCUUCGCCGCUUUCCAGGCUAAAAUGUCUCAAGCCACUGUUGCCGUUCAAGGCUCUGGCUGGGGAUGGCUCGGAUACAACAAGGAAGCUGGUCGACUUCAGGUCGCUACUUGCGCUAACCAGGAUCCUCUUGAGGCUACUACUGGUUUAAUCCCUAUUAUUGGCAUCGACGUCUGGGAGCACGCGUAUUACCUUCAGUACAAAAACGUUCGACCAGACUACGUCAAUCAGUUCUGGAACGUCGCCAACUGGGAAGAUGCUGGCUCUCGUUUCUCCGCUGCUUCUGCCUAA